AGGGCAAAAGGUUUCAGUUAGUUAGUUGAAAAUUUUGAAAAAGUUGACUGGUAUGGUGCUCCGUACUCGUCCUUUCCAUGGAUAUUGUUCAAAGCGAGACUUCUCAAUUUGGAAACCUUUUUUUAUGUUAGAAUUUUCCUACUUCUCAAACACCCUUCGCCUUCCAUAAUUUUCUCGAGCGAGGAAAUCCAGAGGAAAUUCAUUCGAUUUUCCUUGCGUAAUUUCCGAAAAUUUUAUGAUGAAGAGGAUUGGAUUUUUCGAUCUUGAGAAUCAUUUUGCGUUCUAUGGGGCUUAUCAUAGCAAUCGAAUCAACAUAGCCAUACACAUGAUGUGUGUUUGGCCUAUCUUAUUCACUGCCCUUCUUCUUCUCUACUUCACGCCUUCUCUGUUCAACCUCCCACCCUUUGAGCUUUCCCUAUCAGGAUACAAAGUUGUCCUGCUUUUUAAUAUUGGGUUUCUGUUGACUCUGAUCUAUUCCGUGUUUUACGUCCGUUUUGAUCCGAGAGCUGGCUCCUUGGCCGCUUUCCUCUGUUUAAUUUGUUGGGUCUCUAGCAGUUUCAUUGCAAGUCGACUUGGGUUUCUUCUGGCCUAUAAGGUUGUUCUAGUGGUUCAAUUAUUAUGUUGGACCGGACAGUUUAUUGGCCAUGGGAUCUUUGAGAAACGAGCACCGGCUCUUUUGGACAACCUCGCUCAAGCAUUUUUAAUGGCUCCCUUCUUUGUGCUUCUGGAGGCUCUUCGGGCCUCAGGUUAUGAGCCAUACCCAGGAUUUCAUGCAAGAGUGCAAGCAAAGAUAGAAGCUGAAAUCAAUGAAUGGCAAGACAAAAGGCAGACAUUAAUUUCCUAGUUUGUGCUAGUAUCUCUGUUCCGUUGAUAUUACCGUUCACAAUAAAAUCUGUAAAUGGACAAAAAGCAAUACUAAAGGUUGUGGUUUGCAUGUAACCUUACACAUUAUAUACAAAUUGUGACUAAGCAGCUUGAAGAU